AAUAAAGAAAAAAACCGUCAAAUUGUGCAACUUAUCUGAAGGGUUUUUGUAGGGUUUUCAACUUUUCAUACCUAUUUACCAGAUAUUACACACAGUUAUCCAGAACAGAGAUAGCAAAAUGGGUUCUCUGAAGAAUGAAACAGAGCACUUCAAAGGAGAAGAAGAAGAAGAACCAAUUUUAAUGGAGCAAAACCAGAGAUUUUGUAUGUUUCCUGUUAAAUACCAUCAACUUUGGGAGAUGUACAAGAAAGCACAAGCUAGUAUUUGGACAGCUGAGGAGGUUGAUCUCUCUUUAGACAUACAACAAUGGCAAAAGUUGACUGAAUCAGAAAAGCAGUUCAUAAGUCAUAUCUUAGCCUUUUUUGCUGCAUCAGAUGGAAUUGUUUUGGAAAAUCUGGCUGCAAGAUUUUUAAACGACAUUCAGAUACCUGAGGCUCGUGCAUUUUACGGAUUUCAAAUUGCAAUGGAGAAUGUACAUUCAGAGAUGUAUAGCUUGCUAUUAGAAACAUUAAUCAAGGAUCCCAAGGAAAAAUACAGAUUGUUUAAUGCAAUUGAAAACAUUCCUUGUGUUGCAAGAAAAGCCAAUUGGGCUUUGAAUUGGAUUAAAAGCUCCAAUUCAUUUGCAGAGAGACUUGUUGCGUUUGCAUGUGUAGAAGGAAUAUUUUUCUCAGGAAGUUUUUGUUCAAUAUUUUGGUUAAAGAAGAGGGGAUUAAUGCCAGGGUUGACUUUCUCAAAUAAACUUAUAUCUAGAGACGAGGGUCUACAUUGUGACUUUGCUUGUCUCCUUCACAGUUUAUUACGAAAGCAGCUUCCUUGGCAAAAAGUAUAUGAAAUCGUGCAAGAAGCCGUUGAAAUAGAGACCGAGUUUGUGUGUGAAGCUCUUCCGUGUGCACUAAUUGGGAUGAACGCAACACUUAUGAGCCAAUACAUAAAAUUUGUUGCUGACCGUCUCUUGGUUGCGUUGGGUUGUCAAAGGAAGUACAAUGUAGAAAAUCCAUUUGAUUGGAUGGAGUUCAUCUCACUUCAAGGAAAAGCGAACUUCUUUGAGAGAAGGGUGGGGGAUUAUCAAAAGGCGUCUGUAAUGUCAAACCUUCAAGAUGGUGGUCAAAAUUUCGUCUUUAAAAUGGAUGCAGAUUUCUAGCUGCGCGAAGAAUAUUUAAUUAUUUGUUAUUUGUACGUUUGUUCUUAAGGUAUGCUGGGUAAAGCUAUAUUUGAAAUAAAAGAUGACUUCAAAAUUUUAAAAUAA